GCGACCUUUGACAGAAAGCAGAGCCUCACGAAGGCCGUGUGCAAAACUGCAUUUGCGGCAUUCGACCGGAACGGUGACGGCACUAUCAGCAUGGCGGAACUGUCUUCGGGGCGCUUGCUGGGUCAGCUGAGCUUAGAUGAGUUAAGUGUCACUCUCAAGCAGCUGGACAA